UGAUGCCUAUAUUUAGUGACAGGACAAGGUGACCAUGCGUCCUUUGUCCCAGACAUGGCCUCUUUUUGGGGACCUAAACGUGUCCGGUCGGGAUUAAUAAAAUGGCCGGAAUUAGGCUAUUCUUGCAUGUCGGCCUUAGUUUUCUAGUCUCUAUACAUUGUGCGUCUCACGUAAUUGUUCGGUCACGUACACGGCCGGCACGCAGCCGUUGGUCAGAGUGCUUCAGAGUAGCGUAUGGCCAGAGAGGAUAUGCGAGGUUAGCUUUCGUAUGAUCUUUUGUAUGGUCUGAAAAAGCGCCCCCACACAGCUGCAAGACGUGUUCAAAUAAACUGUCCUUAUACUUAGACCUCAGAUACACCAACUCUGAUUAAAUUACUUUUUAGACUUGUGACUAUAAUAAAACAAAAACAAAUCUGACAAUUAUAGAUGUGAAGUGGCUAGUUUGGGUCGACUCUAUUAAACUGGAUUCCGACAUGGGGAUUACACGUGUUUUGUUAAAACGGCAUUUUCGCAUCUAAAACAUUUAAUCUUCACUAACGCUAAAUACCUGGGAACAUUCGGAUUAGUCAAGUGUCUAAUGAAGUAGUGGAUUUUUAUGGCAUCUGAUUUGCAUUUAUUCUAUGACCAAGGAACAGUUGAAUGGAGAGGAAUAAGAUUAUCUUAGUCAUAUAGGCAGUUCUUAUUGGUCCUGUAAUUAAGUAAAAUAAUUGGUUAUAUAUACAUCUAUAUAUACAACUAUAUAUACCUUUUUUUUUGUUUUUUUUUCCCCGGAAAGCCAAAAUGUAACCCCUUAGGAACCAGUACCAACCAUUAUCUUCUGAAACUCUUGAGUGAUUUACAAUGUAAACCACAGCGCAAAGAUAAUCUUAGUGUGGAUAGGCACGCAUAUCAUUUACUUUUCAUGUGAAACGUCCACUGAGGGUUCAGGCUCUCACCCACUCAGCGGCUGUAUGCUGCAGCUGCUGCCGCACGGCUGUUACCCCCAACGUCCGGCCAACUUUUAAGUGGAGCUGCGUUGCCCAGCUGUAGUAUUUCGGCCAAAAGAGUUUGAAGCCAGUCGUGAUGAAGAAGCAAACAAAUGUCGAGUCGAUUGGCCGUGCUCCUAACAUGUUUGUUUUGUUCGUUUCUUUUUUUUGGAUCGGUCUCCUGCACAAAUCCUCAUUUGCGGAGGGCAGCGACGUGCUGGUUUUGAACACGGACUCUGCUUUUGACCACGCUGUAGCCGGACACGAAACUAUGCUAGUGGAAUUCUUCGCUCCGUGGUGCGGUCACUGUCAGAGGUUAGCGCCUGAAUAUGAAACUGCUGCUACCAGGUUGAAGGGCACAGUGCCCCUAGCAAAGGUUGACUGCACUGCCAACUCUGAGACAUGUGGGCGGUUUGGGGUGAAUGGGUAUCCCACUCUGAAAAUCUUCCGUAAUGGAGAGGAGGCAUCUUCCUAUGAUGGUCCCCGCACAGCCGAUGGCAUUGUGAGCUAUAUGAAGAAGCAGGCUGGACCAAGCUCUGUACCACUGCAUAGCGAGGCUGAGGUGGAUUAUUUCAUAAACAGUUUUGAGGCCAGCAUAGUGGGCUUUUUCUCAGGAGCUGACAGUUUGCAGCUUGUUGAGUUUCUAAAGGCCUCUGAUGCUUUGAGAGAUAGCUACCGAUUCGCCCACGCCACUGAUCUGGGAACAGGCCUGAAACACUCCGUGGAUGAGGAGUGUGUUCUUCUGUUUCGGCCUCCACACCUGAACAGCAAGUUUGAGGAGAGUGUGUUGAAGUUUUCUGAACCAGUCUCAACCUCUUCGGUUCUUGAUUUCAUCAGGGACAACAUUUUUGGCCUGUGCCCUCAUCUGAACUCUGAGAAUAAAGACAGUCUGAGAACAAGAGAUCUGCUCACAGCCUAUUAUGAUGUUGAUUACAUCCGCAACCCAAAGGGUACAAAUUACUGGCGUAACAGGGUGAUGAAGGUGGCGACACAGUUCCAGUCUAGUGGGCUGAAUUUUGCUGUGGCCAACCGGGAAGAGUUCCAGGAUGAGCUGGAGGAGGAUUUUGGGCUUGGGCGCUCCAAUGGAGGAGAGCUGCCCAUCAUCACCAUCAGAACCAGAGCAGGACACAAGUAUACUAUGCAGGAGGAGUUCACGAGCGAUGGUAAAUCACUGGAGAGAUUCCUGGAGAAUUAUUUUGCUGGUCGGUUAAAGCAAUACAUCAAAUCUGAGGCUGCACCAGAAUCAAAUGAUGGCCCUGUCAAGGUUGUGGUUGCUGACACUUUUGAGGAGAUUGUGAAUGACCCAGAGAAAGAUGUGCUGCUAGAGUUUUAUGCUCCAUGGUGUGGUCACUGUAAAAACCUGGAGCCCAAAUAUACUGAGCUCGGAGAGAAGCUGUCUGGUGACCCCUACAUGGUCAUUGCUAAGAUGGAUGCUACUGCCAAUGACGUUCCUCCAAAUUAUGAUGUUCAAGGAUUUCCCACUAUUUACUUUGCACCUGCUAGACAAAAGGACCAGCCGCGGCGAUACGAGGGUGGACGUGAGGUUAAUGACUUCCUCACAUUUCUGAAGAAAGAGGCUACAAAUCCUCUGGUUCUAAGCACCCAAAGAGAGGACCUAUGAACUUGGUUCAAAAGACCCAUGAAGAUAGCACGUGCAACAGCUGGAGAUGUGAACUGAUAUUUGGCAUUUAUGCUUCUUUGAGGACAAAGAGGCAGCCUGAAAAUGACACUGAAUAGACUAGAUGAAAAAAAUAUAUAUAGUCGUUAAUCUAAAUGACAAUAAGCAGGAUCAUCAAGUAGUGAUUCAUCCACUAUUGCUUGACAUGGAUGUGUGCACGUGAGUGCGUGUGUGAAAGAAAUAUUAGUGUACUUUUAGAUACUGUAAGUAAGCCUGUGUAUUGGAAGAGAAUAAAUGUUUCUUAUAUAGUGUAAGGUGAUGCCAGUGUAAUGCAUAGUGUGGAAACGAGUUAUGAAUUCCUCUUACCUGAUUUGGAGUAUAUAAUAAUAGAGACAAUUUUAACAAUUGCAUAUUGUGAAACACCAUAUGAUAAGACAGUUACAAACUGAAAAGGCUUGGUUGUUUUGGAAUUAUAUUGCCUAAAAUAUUAAUAUUUUUAAAAGUACUUCAAAGUAUGAUGAUUAUUAUUAUUAUUAUUAGUCAUCAUUGUUAUUAUUUACUGCUAUGUAUAAAUACCUAGUAGUUACCAAACUGGUGCUAUGUAGUAAAGCAAGAACAGCUAAAUUCUCCAUUAUAUCGUGUUGUUUCGAUAGUAAGAAUUACUCUAAGCAUUGUUCAGGUCAUCUACAUUUUAGAAGCCUCUGCAGAAAGAUAUUUUUUCUAAAUGAAUAAUAUACUUGGGCAUUUAAGUUGAUUAUUAGUACUGAACAUGGAACUUGUAAGUGUUUCUUUUUUUUAAGCUGUGAUCAUGUGAACGUGAUCUCAAACAGACUAUUACACAAAUCACUCAAAAUUUAACAAAGAAGUGUAGUUCCUGUGAUCUGCAUAAUAUUGAGCGGAAUGUUUAGGGGGGAAAACACCGGAAUAUCAUACUUUUUAGAUCUGAAAGAAAUCCGCAUUAAUCGAUCACAGACCCGUCUUGACAUAUAUAUUAAUUCAACACAAAGGGUUGCGUUUUCGAAGGCACGGUGUCUAAAUUAUUUAACAGCUCAUUAGAAAUUCUCGGAACCUUCUACCUCUUCGUUUUUGUCUGAAUGUAUUUAGUAUCUGCAAAUUAAAUAAAAAUGGACAACGUCGCUUA